AUUAAUUAAUACUUAAAAGUUGAAAUGCAGUUUAAUAAUACAUUUUCAAAUAUGCAUCAAAAGAAUUUUUCAUUUCAAAAUCAAGAUAACGGAAAAAAUAUUUCUCUAUUUGAUGAAAACUUGAAAAGAGUUUAUAAAGACUUAAUAAAAGUUAAUGAAUAUUACUCUUCUAAAAAUUAUCAUCCAAUUGAAAAUAAUUCUCAAGUCAUGAAACGUGAACAAUCAAAUAAAUCACCCCAUGAAACGACUGAUGAAUCUUUAAUCUUCUAUGAUGAGUUAUAUAAAAUUAAAAUGAAUGAAAUCGAAGUAAAUAGAAAAAUGAAUGUACGAAAUGUAUUGAAUAAAAAAGUUGAUACAUGGAAACAGACAAAAAAAAAUGUUUCUAAAAUACCAACAACUAAUAUUGAUGAAGAUUCUAAGCGUUCUUUUCGUGAGGGACUUAUUAUUGACAAAAAUUAUAACAAUAAACUGCUGGACAGUAAUAAUGAUCAAUUUCAAACUAGAUUACUCGAAGAUCAAAAUAAAUUUAAUAAAAUGAAAUUUAACCUGACUUUAAAUAGUGCAUCAAGUUUAUUAUGUGACAUAAAAAAAUUGUUAAAUGAUAGUUUUAAUAUGACACCUCAAUUACUUACUAGUCAUAAAGACAAUUAUAGGCUUUUAGAAAUCUCUUUAAAUAAUUUAAAAACCAAGUCUUCAAAUAUUAAUGAACAAGAUAUCUUGACUAUCAAUCAACUUCAACAAAAUAUUCAAUUAUUAAAUGAAAAGUUAUUAGAAUUUCAAGUUAAAGAUGUUUCAUUUAGAACUUAUGGUCAUAAAAAUGAAAAUAAUGAUAAUAUAUCAACUGAAAAUAUACUUAAAAGCAACGAAAAUUGUCAUAACAACCAGAUAUUCGAAAAAAACUUUCUUGAAACAAAAAAUAAUUGUGAAACAACUAAAAAUGAAAUACAAAAUUUUUCAUUUAAGAAGAAUGAAAAUUCUGUUGUCAAGUCUGAUGAAUUCUUCACUUUUAAAUUUAACAGUAAUAAAAAUAUUAAUGAUACUAAUAUCUCAGAUUUUUCCUUUAGAAUCAAUAAAGAUUCUAAACCCGAAACUAUUUUGAAAAAUUGUUCUUAUAAUUUUGAGGAUGAAUACAAACAAUUUUUAGAAAAUCAUCUAACUAUUCAGGAAUAUUUGAAAAAAAUUGAAAAUAUGUAUUCUUCUUUUCUUUAUGAUGAUAACCUAAAAUCUUUGAGACAAGAAUUAAUAAAAUCAAUUAAUACACCAGUUAAUAGUAUAUCUUCAAUUUCUUCUUGGCAUAUGAAAGAUAAAUUUGAGAAACUUGAUGCAUUAUUGAAGUGUAAAACAGUGAAAACUGGUAAUUCUACUGUAACAGCAAAUAGUCACCCAGAAGCAUUGAUAUUUUGUAAAGAUACAUUGGCUAAAAAAAUAAUAAAUAUUGGAGAGCAAGUGGUUAGUGUAAAAACAGAAACUGGUUUUGAAGUUGCUUCAAUUGUUACAGAACUUUGGAAUAUUCAUCCAGAUUUUGGUAUUUUGUUAUAUGCAAGAUUUAAACAAAAAUGUCCUUGUCUUAUCCCAUACAAUGCUGUAAAAACAAAUGAAGAAACUGAUGAAGAAUUUUAUAAGUCAUUAUGUUAUAACUAUACAAAUGGAGUUGUUGAAAAACAGGAUAAGUAUGUAAAAAGAAUGACUGGUAUUGUAAGAUUAUUUGCAGCAAUCAUAAUAACUGAAUCCAAAAGUGGUAAAGCUUUAGGUAUUGGACAAGCCUGGAUGUUGAUUGCAGCAACUGUUAAUUUAGUUCCCCAAUUAGAUAUUACAGCCAUUUUAUUACAUGAAAUACUAAUAAUUACUGGUUAUGAACUUAAACAAGCUUAUGGAAGGCAAUUUAUCAAAAUGCUGGAAUACAUAAAUACCAAUUAUAUGAAAAAGAUUGAUGAAGUUACACCAAUUGGUUGUGGAGGUCCAGUACAAAGAUUAAAAACAUUUAUCAGUAAAGUUAUUCAAGUAGGUUACAUUGAAAAACCUAAAGGUAUAAUACCUUAUAAUUUUUGGUAAAUAACAAUUUAUUAAACAACUAUUUUUUAUUUUAUGUAACCAAAUUUUAAAUAUUUUUUUUUUUGUGAAAA